UAGCACUAAGGGGUUAAACGUUAAAAUAAAAGAUAUUUAUUCACCCCAAAACCCUUUUAGUGUUUAGGCUGUGUGCAUUAACAUAGACCGACAUAGGUAACUCAUUGGGGAAAGAGGUAGCGACGUCUCCAGAGGCGUGCCUUUUUGUCCUUUGCCUCGCAGAAGGUUCAGUCGGGUCCCUCUCGUCGGCUGGCUUUCUGUGAGAGGAUAACUUCCACCAUAUCCUACAUUUACAGCUCAACCAGGCCGACAAACUUCUGCAGCACUAUGGAUAUUGGAGAUUGUCCCUACCGGAAGAAACGGAGACCGUGGCGCAUGGACUUCUCAUCCUUCGCCUUGGUAACCGUGGCGCUCGCUGUUUGCCAAACGACCGUGGUUCGGGCAGACCCCGUGGAUGUGUUGCGGGCCCUGCAGGUUCCCUCUCUCCCCGAGGGCGUGAAGAAAGUCCCCGGCUUCUGCACAUCCCGUCGCUCCGGCAGCCCCGAUCAUGCUUACCGCAUCACCAAGAAGGCCCAGAUUUCUGCCCCCACCAAGCAGCUCUUCUCAGGUCGUUUCCCAGAGAACUUCUCCAUCAUGGCUCUGGUUAAAGCCCAGUCUGGUCUCCAGGCCUUCCUCCUCUCCAUCUACAGUGAGCAGGGCAUCCAGCAGCUGGGCAUUGAACUGGGUCGCUCGCCUGUUCUCCUGUACGAGGACCAGAACGGCAAGCCAGCCCCUGAAGACUACCCACUGUUUAGAGGCGUCAACCUGGCUGAUGGCAAGUGGCAUCGCAUCGCUUUCUCCGUUUCCAAGAAGAACGUGACACUGCUGCUGGACUGCAAAAAGAAGAUGACCCGCGCCCUGCCCCGCGGCAACAACGCUGAAGUUGACACCAAUGGCAUCACGGUGUUCGGAGCCCGUCUGCUCGAUGAGGAGGUUUUCCAGGGAGACAUCCAGCAACUGCUGAUCGCCUCCAACCCCCAGGCUGCCUAUGACUUCUGUGAACACUACAGCCCAGACUGUGACUCCCCUCUGCCCAAGACCCAGGCUCAGGACCCCAACACAUACUACUUUGAUGAGGAGCAGGAUGACCAUGAAUACCCCUAUUAUUACGAGGAAACAACAGGCGUUCCCUCCUCCUCUGCGUCCCCCUCUCCCCAACCUGGGGCCCCCAGUCUACAGAAGAAGGCACUAAAUGGAAAAGCAGCCCCUACUAAAACCACCCCUGUCAAGGCCAAACCCACUCCAGCUAAGCCAGCCAAGGCUGGACCGUACAAACUUGUAGUCAAGCCACCCAUGCCCACCAAGGCUCCCAAGUCCUCCACAGCCAAGCCGUCCAAAGCAAAGCCCACUGCAGUGGAGCUCCUGUUGUCUAAGAUCAAACCAACAGCAGCAGCUAAAUCUAAGCCCACAGCUGCCCCAGCUAAGAGCGGCAAUGGAAAACCAGCUGCUAAGAAAAAAGCAAAUGGAGCAGCUAAAGACAGUGGCAAUGGGAAAGCAGCUAUAGCCAAAACUAAUGGCAAUGGCAAAGCUGCAGCUGAAGCUAAGCCUACAGCUCAGGCCAAGGUGAACGGAAAUGGCAAUGGCAAGGCUGUAACUGAGAAGAAAGUCAAUGGAAAUGGAAAAUCCUCAGCAGAAAAGAAAGCCAAUGGAAAUGGAAAAGCCGCUGUUGUGUCUAAGGCUAAUGGAAAUGGUAACGGCAAAGCUACAGCAGAGAAGAAAGCCAAUGCAAAUGGCAAAACUACCAUUGAAGUUAAAGAGGUUAAAGCCAAAGUUAAUGGCAAAGCUGAGAAUAAAGUCAACGGUGAGGCUAAGGCUAAUGGCAACGGCAAAGUUAUUACUGUGGUAGAAAAGAAAGCUGUUACUAAUGGUGCUGCAAAUCAGGCAAAAAUUGAAACCACUACAAAAACAAAGACUGAGAAAGUUGUUAAAGUAGAAAAGACUGUGGUCAGUGCAGCUAAAUCAGCUGCCAAAGUAGAAGCAACCAAGGCUCCUAAACCCACAAAAGCAUCAAAACCUGAACCCACGAAAACGGCGAAGGCUGCAGCCACCAAAGCAGCAAAAACUCAAGUGAAGGCAGAGGUCAAAGAGGUCACCAAAGUUAAAACUGUGGUCACCAAAGUCCCUCUGGUCAAAUCAACAACGAGCAAAGUUGAGAAGAGUGUGGUCGAAAAGGUUUCCAUGCCGAGGAAAGUUGCUCCAACACCUGGCCCUGUCCGGCCCACUCCACCCAGACCCACGAAAUCCAAGGCUGUGGUGGACAUUAAUGUCAAAUCCCAGCACAAACCCUUCCCACCGUUUGGCAAGGCCGUGCUGAGUGGAACUGCAGUCCCUGCGAAGAAAGUUACCAACGGUUAUCAACAGGAUGUAGACACUGAAUAUGCCGAAGCUGGCCACACUGCUACAGAGACUGAUUAUUACUAUGAGGAGACCGUCCCGCUGCCAGAGGGUGAGGUGACUGGACAUGAAGAGGUCCCUGUGCAGCCCCAGGUGGAGUCAACGUUGGUGGGAGAGGAGGUAGAUGCCACCAAGGCAGGCGGUGAGGGCGAGGAGGUCUUCACUGAGGAGUAUGUGACUGGGGACGUGGGCCUUAAGGAAUACGACUAUUCCUACAGGGACUACAGUGAGCCAUUACUGGAGACUGGAGAGGUCGAAGCCAACAUGGGCCCCGCCCUGUCCGCUGUGACAGACGAGGGAGGCGCCGCCGUCAGAGGCCAGAAAGGAGAGAAAGGAGAACCUGCUGUCUUGGAGCCUGGUAUGCUGAUUGAAGGACCUCCAGGACCUGAGGGACCUGCUGGUCCUACCGGCCCCCCCGGCUCUUCUGGACCUCCUGGCUCUGUUGGUGACCCCGGCGAGAGAGGCACUCCUGGUAAACCUGGCCUGCCUGGAGCCGAUGGCGUCCCUGGACCCCCGGGAACCUCAGUCAUGCUGCCGUUCCGUUUCGGUAUGAGUGGAGGAGAUAAGGGUCCUGUUGUUUCUGCGCAGGAAGCCCAGGCAGCGGCCAUCUUGUCUCAGGCCAGGAUGGCUCUGAAAGGACCUCCUGGACCGAUGGGAUUCACUGGACGCCCUGGACCCCUGGGAAGUCCUGGAAGUCCUGGUCUGAAGGGAGAGGGUGGAGACCCUGGUCCUCAGGGCCCCAGGGGACCACAGGGUUUGAUGGGACCUCCGGGCAAAGCAGGAAGAAGAGGCCGUGCUGGAGCUGAUGGUGCCAGGGGAAUGCCAGGAGAGUCCGGACCUAAGGGUGACCGUGGUUUUGAUGGUCUUCCUGGUUUGCCUGGUGACAAAGGACACAGGGGUGACACAGGACCAAUGGGACCCCCAGGAUCUCAGGGAGAGGACGGAGAGCGGGGAGACGACGGAGACGUUGGACCCAGGGGUCUCCCAGGUGAACCAGGACCUCGUGGUUUGCUUGGACCCAAAGGUCCUCCUGGAAUCCCUGGACCUCCUGGUGUACGAGGAAAUGACGGGCCCCAUGGUCCCAAAGGAAACUUGGGUCCCCAAGGAGAGCCAGGACCUCCAGGUCAGCAGGGAACCCCAGGAACUCAGGGAAUGCCAGGACCUCAGGGACCCAUCGGACCCCCAGGAGAGAAAGGUCCCACAGGAAAACCAGGUCUGCCAGGAAUGCCUGGCGCUGACGGCCCUCCUGGUCACCCAGGAAAGGAGGGGCCUACUGGCACCAAAGGAAACCAGGGUCCCAGCGGUCCCCAGGGAGCUAUUGGCUAUCCUGGCCCUCGAGGCAUCAAGGGAGGUCAAGGGAUCCGUGGUCUGAAGGGCCACAAAGGAGAGAAGGGAGAAGAUGGUUUCCCUGGAAUUAAAGGAGAUUUUGGUUCAAAGGGAGAGAAGGGUGAACUUGGAGUACCAGGACCCAGAGGAGAAGAUGGUCCAGAGGGGCCAAAGGGUCGCGUCGGACCCCCCGGUGAGAUCGGACCACUUGGACUAGUUGGAGAGAAGGGUAAACUUGGCGUACCUGGACUUCCUGGAUAUCCUGGAAGACAAGGACCCAAGGGAUCUCUUGGAUUCCCAGGAUUCCCUGGCUCCAACGGCGAGAAGGGAACAAGGGGUCUCACUGGCAAACCAGGGCCAAGAGGACAAAGAGGACCAACGGGGCCCAGAGGGCAGAGAGGACCGAGGGGCGCAACCGGGAAACCAGGAGCAAAGGGAACUUCAGGAAGCGAUGGCCCCCCUGGUCCUCCUGGAGAGAGGGGACUGCCCGGGCCUCAGGGAGCCAACGGUUUCCCCGGACCAAAGGGACCCCCUGGACCACCAGGAAAGGAUGGGCUGCCUGGACACCCUGGGCAGAGAGGAGAAGUUGGUUUCCAAGGUAAAAUGGGUCCACCUGGGCCCCCUGGAGUUGUUGGACCUCAGGGUCCAUCAGGAGAGACUGGCCCAAUGGGCGAGCGCGGCCACCCCGGACCCCCAGGUCCACCCGGAGAGCAGGGACUUCCUGGUCCCUCAGGGAAAGAGGGCACCAAGGGAGACCCUGGACCCCCAGGAGGCCCCGGUAAAGAUGGCCCCCCAGGACUGAGAGGUUUCCCUGGAGAGAGAGGACUGCCUGGAACCCCUGGAGGUGGAGGACUGAAGGGAAGUGAAGGACCUGCCGGACCUCCUGGACCUGCUGGGUCUCCUGGUGAGAGGGGACCAGCUGGUACUGCUGGACCUGUUGGACCUCCUGGCAGACCAGGACCACAGGGGCCUCCUGGACCCGCUGGAGAGAAGGGAGUUCCUGGUGAGAAAGGCCCUAUUGGCCCGGCAGGUCGUGAUGGAGUGCAGGGUCCCGUGGGUCUGCCUGGCCCUGCCGGACCGCCUGGAGUACCCGGAGAGGACGGAGACAAGGGUGAGGUUGGAGAGCCUGGUCAGAAAGGCGCCAAGGGGGCGAAAGGAGAGCAUGGUCCUCCUGGUCCACCUGGGCCGAUGGGUCCCGUCGGUCAGCCCGGUCCUGCUGGUGCUGAUGGAGAGCUCGGACCGAGGGGCCAGCAGGGGCCUUUUGGGGCUAAAGGUGAUGAAGGAACCAGAGGGUUCCCAGGAGCCCCGGGACCCAUCGGACUGCAGGGAUUGCCAGGACCAUCAGGUGAGAAGGGAGAGACGGGAGACGUUGGACCUAUGGGUCCUCCGGGCCCCCCAGGACCCCGCGGCCCUGCUGGACCCAACGGUGCUGAUGGUCCUCAAGGUCCUCCAGGUGGUUUGGGUAAUCCUGGACCUAUCGGAGAGAAGGGAGAGCCUGGUGAGGCUGGACCACCUGGAAUUGUAGGAGAGCCCGGAAAGAAGGGUCCUCGUGGAGAGCGUGGAGAGAAGGGCGAGGCCGGACAGCCUGGAACUGCUGGACCUGCUGGAGGACGAGGACGACCUGGAGACGACGGACCCAAAGGAAACCCUGGUCCUGUUGGUUUCCCUGGUGAUCCUGGUCCCCCUGGUGAGGUUGGACCCAGAGGUCAAGAUGGCGCCAAGGGAGAGAGAGGAGAAGACGGUGAAGCAGGAGAAUCUGGCUCACCUGGACCUCCUGGUGAGAACGGACCACCCGGCCCCCCAGGAAAGAGGGGUCCUGCUGGAACAAGAGGACCAGAGGGACGUCAGGGAGAGAAGGGAACCAAGGGAGACCCAGGUGCUGUUGGCCCUCCAGGAAAAACUGGCCCCGUCGGCCCUCAGGGCCCACCAGGAAAACCAGGAACAGAAGGCCUCAGAGGACUCCCAGGAUCAGUGGGUGAGCAAGGAUCUCCUGGACCUGCUGGACAGAAAGGACCACCUGGACCCCUCGGACCUCCUGGUUUGCCUGGUCUGCGUGGAGACCCCGGUGCCAAGGGAGAGAAGGGACACCCAGGUCUUAUCGGUCUCAUUGGACCCCCAGGAGAGCAGGGAGAGAAGGGAGACCGAGGUCUGCCUGGGCCUCAGGGAUCCACCGGACCCAAAGGAGAGCCUGGAAUGUCUGGAGGCACUGGACCCCUUGGCCCUGCUGGUCCUCCUGGUUUGCCUGGUCCUCAAGGUAUCAAAGGAGCUAAGGGUGCUUCUGGAGGAGCUGGUCCAAAGGGAGAAAAAGGUGUACAAGGACCUCCUGGACCUCCUGGCCCACCAGGUGAGGUCAUUCAGCCCUUACCCAUCCAGAGGAGUCCCAAGUCCAAGCGCUCCAUCGACGCCAGCCAGCUGCUCCCCGAGUCCGACCCCGACAUGCCUGCGUCUGACGCCACUGGCGCUGAGUUCCUGAUGGGCAGCGAAGGCAUGGAGGAGAUCUUCGGCUCUCUCAACUCACUUCGACAGGAGAUCGAGACCAUGCGUUUCCCUCUGGGCACCCAGGACAGUCCUGCCCGGACCUGCCAGGACCUGCACCUCAGCCAGCCAGACCUCAAAGACGGAGAAUACUGGAUCGACCCCAACCAGGGCUGUUCCAGAGACUCCUUUAAGGUCUUCUGUAAUUUCACUAACGGAGCAGAGACGUGCCUGUAUCCCAGCAAGAGCGUCAGCCCGGUGAAGAUGAGUUCCUGGGACAAAGAGACUCCAGGAUCCUGGUACAGUCAGUUCGCCACUGGUAGUAAGUUCUCCUACGUGGACUCUAACGGUGAGCCCGUGGGCGUGGUCCAGCUGGGCUUCCUGCGUCUCCUGAGCGUCCAGGCCCACCAGAACUUCACCUACCACUGCCACCGCUCAGUGGCCUGGGCCGACCAAAGUGCCAGGAACAGCUACGACAGGGCGCUGCACCUCCAGGGCGCCAACGAGGAGGAGCUGAGCUACGAGACCAACCCGUACAUCAAAGCCUUGGUGGAUGGCUGCUCUUAUCGUAAGGGCUUUGACAGGACAGUCCUGGAGAUCAACACACCACAGGUGGAGCAUCUCCCUCUGCUGGAUAUCAAGGUGUCAGACUUUGGGGAGAGCAACCAGCAGUUUGGCUUUGAAGUGGGACCUGUCUGUUUCCAAGGCUAAAAACACACACAGACACACAGCAUGCACAGAACAACACAUGCAAAUGCUCACGCACACACACGUGCACUUAGAGACACACUUAUAUAUGAUAAACAUACAUGCCCAGUAAUUUGUAAAUUAACUUGUAAAUGAUACGAAACACACUCACACAAACCCACAGACAUACACACUCUUACACACACACACACAGAUGCUGUUGUGAGACAAACGCGCACUCACCCUCGAGUACGUGCCUGAGGAAAACAACAUCCUCCCAACAAUUAAUGGACGUAAAAAAAAAAAAAAAAAAGUAAAGAGGAGAGAAGUUAAAAAAAAAAACUCGCGCAGAGGAGACCAUCGUUCCGGC